AUGCCUCCCACGCAUAAGGGAAGGAAAGCCAAUUCGGGCCCGAACGUGCCUGCAAUUGCUUCGUCGUCUGCCGAGCGCUUCUCAACUCACCAGCUGAAGGUCAUCGAUGUUUGCCUUCGCCAGACCGGAUUCGACUUCCAAGGCUUUGCUUGUGGCCCCGUUGCUGAAGCUGAGUGGGAUGCCCUCAAGCUCCUUCACCUUGAUUUCGCACUUCCUACAGCCGAUCCUAGCUUGACCAUGACCGCGUCCCGUCUUACAGCCAUCAUCCAUGCUGCCGCUCAGUGCCUCGAGAGCUCUGACUGCACCACUCGUGACGCGGCAUUCUGGAAGGAAGUGAAGAACCUUCUAUCCGACGACAGCACCUUCCAAGCGGCUCCCAUCUCCGAUUUUGUCAAGUUCGACAACAUUCUCUACCGACUUUACUCAGCUUGGGUAUCUUUCAGGGACAAGAACCCCGGCAUGUCUCGCACACUUAUCCAGGAGCCUUACACCACCAGUGCCGAGAGCAAGGCAGAAGAUAUCAUGGAACUCAAUGGCACCGCCGUCAAAGCCAAGGCCUCAUCAAAGGACGAACUCCUCGCGGCGACAAAUGACUAUAUUCAUCAGACAGUACGUGGCAGAAAGAACAGCAUCGCACUCGCCAGGCGUCACUUCAAGGCAGGAUACCGUGCUCAUUUCAAAUCGAAAUUGGAGGAGACCUACUCGGAAGCAUACAACAAGGGAAAGCGCGAGGGUGAGAGUGAGUACAAGAUCAAGCUCAAAGAGAUGAAAGCACGGAUGCGCAAGGAAGAGGCAGACUUGUUCGCACUGAAUAGAGCGACUAUGGACCGAAAUCGCCAGGUGGGACAGGAGAACAAGUCCAUCACAAAGGAGGUUGAGGAUUUGCAAGCGGAGAACUCUGAGCUUCGCAGACUCAACAAAGAGCUCAGUGACCUGCGUGAGGCCUCGCAGCACCAAAUUGAAACCAACAGAUCGGGAGGAAGCACUGAGAAGAGAUCAAAUGGUUUUGCUUUCGGUUAA